GUUUUCAUGCAUCGCACAUGACCUGCUUGAUGGUCUCAAACAUCGCAUUCUUAUUAUUCCGCAUGUCGCCCGCCAUGCAUUUUCGCAUCUUUCGUCCUCAUACCCCCCUCCCACCCCCGCAACCCCUUCGCAUGCCUCGGGCUCAAUCGUACAAUGGCUUUGCUCGCGGAUCACGCAAAGCAGAUCUACCAUGACAAGCAGGCUCAAGUGGUGCUGUUCUCGUCGACGGCUAUUGCCCUUUAUGGGUACGAUCAAGGCAUGAUGUCGUUGAUCAAUACCAAUUACAAUUAUCUCUCGACCAUGGGGAUCGCCAGCGACUCUGCAGUCGUGGGUGUCAUUGUGAGCGUAUAUUACCUGGGCUGUGCGGCUGGCGCUGUUCUCUUCUCUAAGCUCGCCGACGCCCAUGGACGCAAGAAGUCAAUCUUCCUUUGUCUAGCUACUGCAUCGCUCGGAAAUUUCAUCAUGUUCGUAGCAGGCUUCGGGUAUUCAAGGGGAGCUCUUGCAGUCAUGCUGGUAGGGAGAGUCAUUAUGGGUUUAGGCGUCGGUGGUAUUGACUCGGUCAUCCCAACGUACAGUUCAGAGCUCUCGAAGGAUGAGGCACGCGGGAAAGCGCUUGCCCAAGAGUUCCAGUCCAAUAUCUUCGGCCUCUUGAUGGCUUUUGGCAUCAACCUCGGCGUCACCGUGGCACUGGGGAAAUGGUCUCAAUGGGCCUGGAGAACUCCAAUCAUCGUCAUGCAGAUCUAUCCCCUGCUCCUAAUGAUCUUUGUCGAAAAAUUGCCCGAGAGUCCUCGCUGGUAUAUCUAUCAUGGCCGUGGCAGCGAGGCUCAAUUAGCACUUAACGAGAUAUAUGGCAACGAAGGUGACGCUCGCUUUGAGGACCUCAUAGAUGCACAUGAGAAGGAAAAGAAUGACCAUGUCAGUUACUUAGACAUGGUAACUCCAAGGCAUCCUCAGUUUCACCCCACCGUCGUCACCAUAAUGGGCCAGGUCAACCAAGCCUUGACGGGCUAUGGUGCAGUGUCCGUAUACGGUCCUCAAAUCUUCGAGCUCCUUGGAUUCCCCGUCCAAAUGUCCGAAUACCUCACUCUAGGCAACUACACCUCCUACUUCUUCCUGAUGACCGUGGCCUGGCUCUUAAUCGACGCUCUAGGCCGCCGUAAACUCCUCCUCCAAGGCUCUGCCAUCCUCUCCAUCUCCUUCCUCCUUCUCACCCUGUUCGGCGGCCUAUCCUCUAACGUCCGCUGCCUCUCCAUCGACCCCCUCAUUCCGGGAAUCCUCGGCACAAUCGUCCUCUUCAUCGCCACAGGUGCCUUCGGAAUCGGCUGGCUCGCAACCGUCUGGCUCAUCCCGACAGAGAUCUACCCGACCACGGCACGUGCCCAAGGCACCGCCAUAUCCGUCAUCAUAUGGGGUCUCGCGAACUUCGCCAUCACGUUCCUCACGCCCGUCAUGUUCAACAAUCUCUCGUACUUCAUCUUCCUCGUCUUCGCGGCCACGAAUGCCGUCGCGGGUGUCUGGACCUGGAUCUACCUGCCCGAGACCGGCGGACGCUCGUUCGAGGAGAACCAGCAGUUCUUCCAGGAUGCGAGUGAGGAGGCGUCAUGGAGGGUCGCGAAGGUGAGCGGUGGGGAGUACGCUACGUUUAGGUAUCCGGAUGAGGAGGGCGAGGGGAGAGUGGACUCCGAGAGGGUGCCACUGUUGAGCAGGUUGGAUGAUCAGUUGCCCAGAGUGGAAUGAGCGUGUGCGUGUGUGGUCGUCGUGGAGAGGUGAGGACAAGGAGAGAGUGUAUUGUUCCCCCCAAUUAUGGGAUUGCCUUAGAAUGUAUACCCCUGGUUCGUUGCUAUCGCUAGCACGAUCAAUCGUCAUGUUUUGUACAGCUUUCUUGUAUGUUACAGCUCGCUUCAGCAUUGUCGUGAGGUUGAGUUUAUUGAUGCUCUUUGGCGAAAUUGUUACAAGCACAGCUCCGCUCAUUGACAUUUAAGAAUCAAUAUCACUGCAGUCGGCGCCAAAUGCUAG